AUGGAGGGUAUGGAACCUCUAUUUGGUAACGGAGCAGUAGAGCCGAUGGACACGGGAGAGCUACCUCCUCCUCCACCAACUGCAACGCAACUUCUAGAAGAAAAGGUAAUUGAAUCUAAUGUAACAUCUUUUACUGUACUCGAAAGCCUGAUAUUUAAGGCUAGAAAAUGGAAGCAACUGCAAUCAAAGCGCUAUGCGGAGAAAAGGAAAUUCGGUGUAGUAGAUACGCAAAAGGAAGAGAUGCCCCCAGAACAUGUGCGGAAGAUAAUUCGUGACCAUGGCGAUAUGACAUCCCGUAAAUUCCGACAUGAUAAAAGAGUCUAUCUUGGAGCUUUGAAGUAUAUGCCUCAUGCCGUUCUCAAGCUCUUAGAAAAUAUGCCCAUGCCAUGGGAGCAGAUAAGAGAUGUCAAGGUGCUGUAUCAUAUCACUGGAGCGAUCUCGUUCGUCAAUGAGACCCCUCGUGUCAUAGAGCCUGUCUACUUGGCGCAAUGGGGAACCAUGUGGAUCAUGAUGAGACGAGAAAAGCGAGACCGUCGCCAUUUCAAGCGUAUGCGGUUUCCUCCAUUUGAUGACGAAGAGCCGCCACUCGAUUAUGCAGACAACAUCCUUGAUGUGGAGCCUCUAGAGCCUAUCCAGAUGGAGUUAGAUCCGGAAGAAGAUCAAACUGUUGCUGAAUGGUUUUAUGAUCACAAACCCCUAGCCACUACACGGUAUCAUACGCCGUCCGUAGUGUACAUCAAGACAGAAGAUCCUGAUCUUCCAGCGUUCUACUUCGACCCUUUGAUUAAUCCGAUUGCGAUCAGUGGUUUAGACAAGACUGUGGAAAAUCUGCCAGAUGACGAUGAAAUGAACGAGUUCGAGCUUCCCGAGGAUGUUGUACCCAUUUUUGAGGAGGUUCCUCUGUAUACUGACAAUACUGGUAACGGAAUAGCACUACUGUGGGCGCCACGCCCCUUCAACAUUCGUUCUGGUCGUACGCGAAGAACCAUUGAUGUUCCUCUAGUGAAGAGUUGGUAUCGCGAGCAUUGCCCAGCAGGAAUGCCCGUGAAAGUACGUGUAUCUUAUCAGAAGCUGUUGAAGGUCUUCGUAUUGAAUGCACUCAAGCAUCGUCCUCCUAAGCCUCAGAAGCGAAGGUACCUGUUCCGUUCGUUCAAGUCAACAAAAUUCUUCCAAACUACCACUCUCGACUGGGUAGAAGCGGGAUUGCAGGUCUUGCGGCAAGGUUACAAUAUGCUUAAUCUCCUUAUCCAUCGAAAGAAUCUCAAUUAUCUUCAUUUGGAUUACAACUUCAACUUGAAGCCUGUGAAAACGUUGACGACCAAGGAGCGUAAAAAGUCGCGAUUCGGUAACGCUUUCCACUUGUGUCGUGAAAUUUUGCGAUUAGCGAAACUUGUGGUUGACGCACAUGUACAAUACAGGCUUAACAAUGUGGAUGCUUAUCAACUCGCUGAUGGACUCCAGUACAUUUUUGCGCACGUUGGUCAGUUAACUGGAAUGUACCGGUACAAGUAUAAACUGAUGAGACAGGUGCGAAUGUGUAAAGAUCUAAAGCAUAUCAUUUACUAUCGCUUCAAUACUGGAGCUGUUGGCAAGGGUCCAGGAUGCGGCUUUUGGGCCCCUGGAUGGCGUGUCUGGUUAUUCUUUUUGAGAGGAAUAACGCCGCUUUUGGAGCGAUGGCUAGGAAACUUGCUGUCAAGGCAGUUCGAGGGACGACACUCAAAGGGCGUUGCAAAAACUGUUACAAAACAAAGAGUGGAAUCCCACUUCGAUUUGGAGCUGAGAGCUGCUGUUAUGCACGAUAUUUUGGAUAUGAUGCCCGAAGGAAUCAAACAGAACAAGGCUCGUGUAAUUCUGCAGCAUCUAAGUGAAGCAUGGCGUUGUUGGAAGGCUAACAUCCCCUGGAAGGCAAUUGAAAAUAUGAUUCUUCGCUAUGUAAAAGCCAAAGCCGAUUGGUGGACUAAUUCUGCUCACUAUAACAGAGAACGUGUGCGCCGGGGUGCCACCGUAGACAAAACUGUUCCUGGAUUGCCGACUCCAGUUGAAAAUAUGAUUCUUCGCUAUGUAAAAGCCAAAGCCGAUUGGUGGACUAAUUCUGCUCACUAUAACAGAGAACGUGUGCGCCGGGGUGCCACCGUAGACAAAACUGUGUGCAAAAAGAAUUUGGGAAGAUUAACUCGACUGUAUUUGAAGGCUGAACAAGAGCGUCAGCACAACUAUCUAAAAGAUGGACCAUAUAUUUCUGCCGAAGAAGCUGUCGCAAUUUACACAACAACCGUGCAUUGGCUGGAAUCUCGACGAUUCUCUCCCAUUCCAUUUCCACCUUUGUCGUACAAGCACGAUACGAAGCUUCUGAUUCUGGCACUCGAACGCCUCAAAGAAGCGUACAGUGUGAAAAAUCGUCUAAAUCAGUCUCAAAGAGAAGAGCUGGCUUUGAUUGAACAGGCCUACGAUAACCCUCAUGAAGCAUUGUCUCGUAUCAAGCGUCACAUGCUCACGCAGAGGGCGUUCAAGGAAGUUGGUAUCGAAUUCAUGGAUUUGUACACUCACUUGAUUCCUGUAUACGAUAUUGAACCACUGGAAAAGGUAACAGACGCAUAUCUCGACCAGUACCUGUGGUACGAAGCUGACAAGAGAAGAUUGUUCCCAUCAUGGGUAAAGCCUGGAGAUACCGAACCACCUCCACUGUUGGUUUACAAGUGGUGUCAAGGAAUCAACAAUCUGCAAGAUGUUUGGGAAACUGGAGAGGGAGAAUGUAAUGUUAUGAUGGAGGCAAAGCUUGAGAAAGUUGCAGAAAAAAUGGACCUCACACUUCUCAAUAGAUUGCUGAGAUUAAUCGUGGAUCACAAUAUUGCUGACUACAUGUCUUCUAAAAAUAAUGUUUUGAUCAACUACAAAGACAUGAACCAUACAAAUUCGUUUGGAAUCAUUCGUGGUCUGCAGUUUGCGUCGUUUAUUGUGCAGUACUACGGUCUAGUCUUGGAUCUCCUCAUUCUUGGUCUUCGCCGGGCUUCUGAAAUCGCAGGUCCACCGCAGUGCCCCAACGAGUUUCUCACGUUCCAGGAUAUUGCUACCGAAACAGUGCAUCCUAUUCGUCUUUACUGUCGAUACAUUGAUAGGAUCUGGAUAAUGUUCAGGUUCACUGCUGACGAAGCGCGCGAUCUCAUUCAAAGAUAUCUUACUGAACAUCCAGACCCGAACAACGAGAACAUUGUUGGGUACAACAAUAAGAAGUGCUGGCCACGAGAUGCUAGAAUGCGAUUGAUGAAACACGAUGUGAACUUAGGCAGAGCUGUCUUCUGGGAUAUUAAGAACCGGCUACCUCGAUCGGUGACUACAAUUGAGUGGGAAAACGCUUUCGUGUCGGUAUACAGCAAGGAUAAUCCGAAUCUGCUUUUCGACAUGGCUGGAUUCGAAUGCCGUAUCCUACCAAAAUGCCGUACAACCGCCGAGGAGAUCACUCACCGCGACGGAGUGUGGAAUCUGCAGAAUGAAGUCACUAAGGAGCGUACAGCGCAGUGUUUCUUGAAAGUCGAUGAAGAGUCCAUGUCAAAGUUCCACAAUAGAAUCAGACAAAUUCUUAUGUCAUCUGGGUCAACAACUUUCACGAAAAUUGUCAACAAGUGGAACACUGCCCUUAUUGGCCUCAUGACUUAUUAUAGGAACUCCUGGAUCUCUUGGUGGAAAUGUGAAAAUAAAAUUCAAACUAGGAUUAAGAUUGGGCUAAACUCUAAAAUGCCAGCAAGAUUCCCGCCGGUGGUGUUCUACACGCCAAAGGAAAUUGGUGGCCUAGGUAUGCUUUCUAUGGGCCACGUGCUGAUUCCCCAGAGUGAUCUGCGUUGGAUGCAGCAGACUGACGCUGGAGGUAUCACCCACUUCCGUUCAGGAAUGACCCAUGAUGAGGACCAGCUGAUCCCCAAUCUGUAUCGAUACAUUCAGCCAUGGGAAGCCGAGUUCAUUGACUCGCAGCGUGUAUGGGCAGAAUACGCUUUGAAGCGUCAGGAAGCAAACGCUCAAAAUCGUCGUUUGACAUUGGAGGACCUUGACGAUUCGUGGGAUCGUGGUAUCCCUCGUAUCAAUACGCUCUUCCAGAAAGAUAGGCAUACUCUCGCCUAUGAUAAGGGAUGGCGCGUGAGAACUGAGUUCAAGGCAUAUCAGAUUCUGAAGCAGAACCCUUUCUGGUGGACUCACCAGCGACACGAUGGAAAAUUGUGGAACUUGAAUAACUACCGUACCGAUAUGAUCCAAGCUUUGGGUGGUGUUGAAGGAAUUCUGGAGCACACUUUGUUCAGAGGUACCUACUUCCCAACAUGGGAAGGUUUGUUCUGGGAGCGAGCGUCUGGUUUCGAAGAGUCAAUGAAAUUCAAGAAAUUGACUAAUGCUCAACGAUCUGGUUUGAAUCAAAUUCCUAAUCGUCGUUUCACAUUGGUUAAUAAUCGAGCAUUUUUUAGGACGUUCAAUUUGUCUGACCGUGUUGAGGACUUAUUUCUAUGGUUAAGAGUGGACAGUACAACUACACAGAAGUACUGGAUUGACGUGCAGCUUCGUUGGGGAGACUACGACUCUCAUGACAUUGAAAGAUAUGCAAGGUGCUUCUUGAGGACAGGAAUAGAUUUGUCCACACUUGCCAAGUGGAAGACUGCAGAGGAAGUCGCUGCUCUGAUCAGAUCAUUACCGGUUGAAGAACAACCUCGUCAAAUCAUUGUAACUCGAAAGGCUAUGCUUGAUCCUCUUGAGGUUCAUCUUCUCGAUUUCCCAAACAUUGUGAUCAAGGGAUCGGAGUUGAUGUUGCCAUUCCAAGCAAUCAUGAAGGUCGAGAAGUUUGGUGACUUGAUUCUGAAGGCAACCGAGCCUCAAAUGGUUCUUUUCAAUCUAUACGACGAUUGGCUCAAGACUAUAUCAAGUUAUACAGCAUUUUCUCGAGUUAUUUUGAUAAUGCGUGGUAUGCACAUCAAUCCUGACAAAACAAAGGUGAUUUUGAAGCCGGACAAAACAACAAUCACUGAGCCUCACCACAUCUGGCCUUCACUAAUUGAUGAGGAGUGGAUUAAGGUUGAGUUGGCUCUCAAAGACAUGAUUUUGGCUGAUUACGGUAAAAAGAACAAUGUAAACGUCGCGUCCUUGACGCAGUCUGAAGUAAGAGACAUCAUCCUUGGUAUGGAAAUAUCUGCCCCAAGUCAACAAAGACAGCAAAUUGCCGACAUUGAGAAGCAAACGAAGGAGCAGAGUCAGGUUACGGCCACGACUACUCGUACGGUUAACAAGCACGGAGACGAAAUAAUCACUGCGACGACCUCCAAUUAUGAAGCUGCUACGUUCGCCAGUCGUACAGAGUGGAGGAUUCGCGCCAUUUCCGCCACGAAUCUGCAUUUGAGAACGCAACAUAUUUAUGUGAGCUCUGAUGAUGUCAAGGAUACAGGAUUCACAUACAUUCUUCCAAAGAAUGUUCUUAAGAAGUUUAUCACUAUAUCGGAUCUCAGAACACAGAUUGGCGGCUUCCUAUACGGUGUUUCACCUGCUGACAAUCCGCAGGUUAAGGAAAUCCGAUGUGUUGUAUUGGUGCCUCAAACAGGAAACCAUCAACAAGUGCAAUUUCCUUCUCAUCUUCCACAGCAUGAGUUGCUAAAGGACUUGGAGCCACUCGGAUGGAUGCACACUCAACCAAAUGAGCUGCCACAGUUAUCGCCUCAAGACGUGACCGCCCAUGCUCGAAUAUUGUCUGAAAACGCAAGUUGGGACGGGGAGAAAACUGUAAUCAUAACUUGCAGUUUCACUCCUGGAUCCGUGUCACUGACAGCCUACAAGCUUACGCCGUCAGGCUAUGAGUGGGGUCGCUCAAAUACCGACCGAGGAAACAAUCCAAAGGGUUACAUGCCGACUCAUUAUGAAAAGGUGCAAAUGCUGUUGUCGGAUAGAUUCCUUGGCUACUUUAUGGUUCCAAGUGCUGGCGUUUGGAAUUACAAUUUCCAAGGUCAGCGGUGGGCACAAUCGAUGAAAUAUGAUGUAUGCCUUGCCAAUCCGAAGGAAUACUACCAUGAAGACCACCGCCCGGUUCACUUCCACAACUUCAAGGCAUUCGACGACCCUCUCGGUAUAGCAAUGGCUGAUCGCGAUGAUAGUUUUGCUUGA